AUGAAGCGACCACUUUCUAUCAUCGUUGAAGAGACCUCAAACUCGGAUAUGUUGGAGGUCCAGUUCCAAGAUGAAUCCGAAUGGACCCAAUACUCGAGCACUUUCUUCGAAGAAGGCAACAAUACUCUCACUCAAGAUGCGUUCAUUGAGACGUUCACUGUCUUCAAACCCGUCGAGCGCCUUGAGAAGACGUACGAGGAGCUUAUGGAAUGGAAGAAGAUAUUCUCUCCGGUCGUUCCGCUAACGUACAAAACCAUGUUCGUCACGGACGGAGACGGAUCAUUCCAAGAUAACUGGUACAAUGAAUUCAAUGAGUUCAAGUACCCUCUCUACCAGUACAAGGAGCCAGAAUUUGUUUCGGAGGGCAAGAAAAGAGGGAUGCUCGGAUGGUUCAUCUGGUAAGUUGAGGCAAUUUUAAAAUUGACUGGUCGAGAGGAAGAGAGAGAGAGGGGGAGGGGGGAGAUGUAAAAUUUCAAUAUCAUGACAUCACUUUCUUGUUUCAUCGGCAAAAGGAGGGCUGGGAAAUAGGCUGCCCAGACGUUUCCAGGGUCUGAACUUUCGGACCACUUGUAUUAAUCCUACAGUUACCAUACUUUGCAGGCUCUUUGGCCUUGCAUUGAAAUACCCUUUAGGAUUUUAGUUUUCUGAAAUCUUUUGAAUCCUUGAAAGUACUCCAUCCUAAUUGUAAUGACCGAACGGAAGUGACCGUAUUAUGUACUUGUCUUAUUGUUCCCCAUUCCGUUUCAUCAGCGUCUCCCAUUGACACAGUUCCCAGCACGUAGCAAUUACCAGUUAGCAGGACAUACUCAGUCAACUGAAAAAAAGGUGCCGCCCGCGUUAUUAUUAUUAUUGGUGUCACUUCUACGUGAUGACCCAUCACAUCAUCAUUUCCGCACCGUCCUGUUCACUCGCUAUCUUUUCCAGUUAUUCUUUCAUAUUCUACGCAUCAAAAAACAAUUUGCAAGCUGUCGACCUCCAAUACAGCAAAAUUGUCUUAUGUGUGUGUGUAAAGCUAACAUCCUUCUCAUUUAUCCUGGUCACAGAAAUGGGGCCAGUGGAUCUCACAACGGAUAGGAAUGAUGAUGAUGAUAGUGGGCUGAUAAUUGCCAAAAAAUAGGCAAAAGUGAUUGGGGAGACGGCGGAAAGAUGGAUGGCAGCCCGGCCGGUGACAUAUCACCUUCUAUCAUGCGAUUGAUUAUCCGGCUCAUUCGCACCUUUGCGAAAUAGAAGUGAAAUAGUAAACGGAAUAGUAUGCAUGAGAACCCGUAACCUACCAGCAUAACAAACGUUGUGUUUUGUUUUCGCUUCCAUUUCCCGGAUCUGGUCCCGAAUAUAAAGUUAGGCGACCAAGUUGAUGUGUUUAUUACCCGUCGACAUGUACAUCAACACACACAUACUUAUUACAACUUGACAGCACGGGUUUAUCAAUCCGCGCCUCCCACUUCUCUUUCCACCCGAAAGUGCUGCCAGUUGCAUUCUACCACAAGUAUCAAAUUGACCGCGUUUUGCGGGGUGUUACUUUUCUAUUUUCGAAAGUGCUCUACUUCUCCUUUUCUUCUAAUUUCGUUUCGCCAAAAUCUCUUGUGCACAUUCGCGCCGAAAAACCCCCGUCAUUUUUCGUACUUUCACAUUCCGCAACAAGUUUUCCGAGAUGUCACAACCAUUAGUAGUAUUAGCUAUUGUUGUUGUUGUUGUUGUUGUUGCUGUUGCUGUUUCCAUUGCACUCCGUGCGACCAACAAAAAUGGGAUAGGAAGGAAGCCCCGGGCCCUCUCCGAGUAGUGACCGACCCCUUUUUGCUCGCCCGCCCAGACACUCUUGUCGAGAUUUUGGUGAAAGGCGAGUAAAAUGCAAUACAUUACGAGAAAUUCUUCAGAGAGCGGGAAGGGUCCCCCACCCUCUUUCCCGCCAUGUUUUGCACUUCCAAUCAUUUUAUGCGCACUCGUCGGAGCAUUAAAGCUGUUCUUGCGUGCGAGUAAUAUAGUUGUCACCAUUUUUACUUUGUUAGCACAAAUCUCCUUCCUACUAACUCUUUUCUGAACUUUUUUUGUAAUCAUCUCCGUUUUGCCUACUUCAUCCUCAUUCAUUUUUACAGGCGUACAGAUGAAAUGAGUCUGAAAGACUAUGUCAUCCCGAAGGCGGAGGUGAUCGAAGCCUGCAAAAAGGGAGAGUACGACAAAGUCGCCCUAUUCCUAAGCUCGAAGAAAGGGAAGAAGCUCCGCGCGGGACUCAAGUGAGUUUUACUUUUUACAAUCCCGGCGAGCUGAAGAGUAAUUGCCCUUUUCAGGUUUUUCACAUCGCGCGGAGAGUCCCACUGGCUCAUUGACUACAAAGAUGAAAAGUCCGACUUUACACUCCUCCACCAUGCUGUUUUGGAGAAUCAAAACCAAAUCAGCAAGCUGCUUAUGGACUAUGAGCCGCUUCUUAUGCUCAGUAAGAGCACGAAAAAUAUCUGGCCUAUCCAUUUGGCCGCAUGGAACGGAAACCUAGAAAUUGUGAAAAUGCUCCUGCUGCAAACUUUGCCGGUUUUAAAGACAAAGGAUCAUGUGAAUGCUGUGAAUAUUUUUAACGAAACGCCGCUUCAUUUGGCCGUCCAGAGAGGUCACCUGCCAGUGGUUGAAUAUCUUCUGAAAGUGAGUUAAAUGUCUGAAACUAUUCAAUUGCCAUCUAAAUAUUUCCAGAAAGAAGCGGAUCCGUUCAUUCGCAACGAAAAUAAGGAGAAUGUUCUCGACGUGGCCUCUCGCAUCGGAUUCGAAAAGGCGAUUCGUAUUCUCUGCAAAAGAUGGCCCACGUUUCCAGUACAAUCUUCGUACGAGUCGCUACGAAUCGGAAAUCCGGAUAUCAAGCGCGCGUUCCCCGCAAUCUACCCGUUCCACCUGGCGGCCAAGUAUAAUCACGUCGAGUGCAUGCAAGUGAGUAGCCCCCGGGCACCCUUCUCUAUUCAUUAUUCAGUUGUGGGUUUAAUGUCGAAUAGAGUGUGUCAUGGCUCUAUUCUAUUCAGGGGUGCCGGGUGAGCAAGUGACCGGGCUUCUGGUCCUAUUGACAACAGAACAAUAGCUAGACUGAUAGUGAGACUGCUAACUCAGAUACAGAAAACACAGGGGACUUAUUGUAGGGACAUUUUUCUCCAAACGCGUUCCGUUCCUGAUCUGGCAGAGUUUUUAAAGUGCCCCUCUAAUAACAAAACGGUUGUUUUUAGCAAUGUCGAAGAAUUUGGGUUGAUGACUUCCAAAGAUCAGUAGUUUUUGACACAGUUUUGUGACACGACCGAGAUGAUUACGAUAGCGUGGCGGGUGACCUCUUUUUUCCGUGUCUCGCGUAUCUAUUUGCGUGCAAACGAUGCACCCUCUCUCUGACCAGUUAUUGAUUUUCUGAAUGCAAUGUAAAACAGUCCAUAGCGGUUCCGUUCUCCUGUUUUCCUAGUGUUUUUUUUCUUAGAAACACUUUAAAAAAUCUAUAUUUUAGGCUCUUCGGGAACACGGAUUUGCAAUCAACUACACGACAGAAGAUGGAACCGCUCUGCACGUCGCCUCCGCAUGUGGCCAAGUCGAAGCCGUUCGAUUCCUUCUGGAAAUCGGAGUGAACACGGAGAUCAAGAACCAGCAUGGCCAGACAGUGCUCGAGAUGAUAAUCGAUCUGCAGGAGAAUCGUCGUCCAGAAAUUGCCCAGUUCGUGAAAAAUCCGGAAGGAUGGAAGGAGUGCCGGUCGAUCAUCGAGGGAAUGGAUCGUAGAGACUCUGGAAGAGAAACGGAAGGCAGUCAGAGCGACAAUGAACGAGAAGCCAUUUGGCAGCCACUUCCAAGCCAGGCUAGUGGUAAGUUUUCAUCGUCUUUUUUGAUUGCACCGUCGAAUAUUGCAAAUUCAGUGCAAGUGUUCCCAGAUCAACGAAAAAGUAAGCGCGACAUCUACAAGCCGCCGUCCUUGUCCGCCAGACUCCGUGACCUCUCUCCAGAUGAAUCUCCGGAAGCGUUGAAUAGUGUUCGCUCAGAAGGACCGUACACCAGCAGCACCAUCAACCGCACCUGGAAUAGUUCAAUGUACGACAAGGCUCCAAGAACCGGCAGAUUCCCGCUGACGUCGCCCAGUUAUCAUUCGAAGCAUUACUCGUGCCAGAGGUCCAGUGACACUCUGCCCACUAAAUUGAAGAGCGUUCGAAGCCGUCCAAUGGUUAACAUAUGUGAGAUUUCUCAGAUUUAGGUACAAGGCCUGAUGAUAGACGGUUUCAGCGUCAGUACUCCCGGGUGACAAUUGUGCCUACAACUCUCCACCUCAGUACAACGAGUGGCAACAGCGACAACUGUCCACCCGUCCACCGGCGCCAUACGACAACGUCCCGAAUAACUCGAUCAUGCACGUUCGUGCCACGUCACCAAUGGCGUCUCGCUCGGCUUCUCUGAGAAGACAGCCCGGAUACUGUACUUUGCCGAAGCUAUCUGCUGCCAACUACUCGUCCCGCGUUCCGGAACAUAAUCGCCCUUUCCUCAACGAAGGGUACAAUCCGGAAAUGGACAGAAGUUUCGAUCGUUCUCUGCAGAGAAACCGUACGUUUAUAACUUUCAUUCGUCGUAUCAAAACAAAUACCCAGCUUACAGAAUUCUCGCUGUCCCGCACGACUUGUGACCGUGAGGACUCUCUGGGACUCACCCAGAGCCCGAGACUGGACACCAGAGCCAGCAGCGUGACAUCGUCGUUAACAUACGCAUGCUCAACGCUUGACAAAGGUUGGUACUACUGAAAUUUUAUAAAAAAAGACUUUCCGCUGGCGGGGCUGAUCGAGGUCUGACCACCUCCCGGGUUUUAGUACUAAUACUUCAGAGCAUGAUUUUUGAGUCUAAUUUCUUUCCAAAAAAAUACGUUCUCCGGCUAGUACUAACUGACUUGGAAUCGGCCGGGCCGAUUUUUGACGAGUCUGGCAAGAGGACCUUUCUAAAUUGUGAGUUUUCAGACAAAUACAUCCGAGACCGCGACAAUGGACGUGCGCCUUUGGCAAUGCCGGAGGAGAUCACCGGAUCAGUGACCGGAAGCGUUAUCUAUGGUCAUGGAAACCUCAACGGAAACGGGAACUACGAGAAGGACAACAAUGUGACCGCGAUUUUUCUCGAUGACAUGACGAGACCGUCAGGAGAAAAUCCACCAUCUCCGAACACUUCGAAAGCCUUCAUUUUUGACGCGCUUUACGGAAAGUCCCGUCUCGUUGAUUCGAAUAACGCCGAUUUCUUCUCCGGAUUCUCCUCCCCGUCCACUCUGAGCAAUGGAAGCAACGAAUCGACGUCGAAGGUCCAGAUGAACAGUGGCAUCGAGGCAGCGGAACCGGUCCGCAUCCGUCGUCAGAACGGCACCACCAACUUGAUGCUCAACUCGCUCUCCCCCACCGACAACUUGUCGUCACCGUCAUCUGACCAGAAGUCAGACACGACAAGCGAGGAGCCCAGUUGGGACAGGGUACGCAUGUGAGAAAUGCGUGACGCAACUCGAACCGUCGAGUUGGCGCAUUUCUCGAUCUCGUGAAUUACGUUCCUCAAAUAAAGUGUUUUUACGUUUAACAGGUGGAAAGCGUGUUCGAUUCGUUCGGUGCCGCUCCGUGUCGUGAAAGUGUUUUUGAACGUGAAUAUGGUCAACGUGUCGCUGUAUAUCUGCGUGAUCGUGGAUCGAAAGCGCUCAGUGUCACCAUGUUCGAUGACGAGCAGAAAGAUCAGAAAUCACUUCUUGCCAGGAAGGUACGAAAGCAUUUAGUUAAUUCAGUUGCAAAUCUAAUAAGUUUCUAACUGUUUGCUUAAUUUUUGACAAAAACCAACUAUUUCAUUUCAGCAACCAAGAACAGUCACAGCAUGGCUCGAGUGCGACGUGAUGCUUGCCCCGGGAGUUGCCGAGUCCGUGGGAGCCAUUCUUCAAAGUAAUGGCUUUGAUAGAAUCGAUCAACUUAGAGGAACUCUCAACAAGAACAUUCUCACUGAAAUCGGAGUUGAUGAAGUGACCAAGUUCAAGAUUAUGUCGGAAGUUGAAAAAAUGUCCGAUGGAGUUGCCAGUGCCGGUAUGCUGACAUUCAAAAAAUGAAUCCAAAAAGUCAUUCUGAUUGCAGGUCGUUUCUUUUACGCGAGCGAGUGGCUCAACUACAUUGGACUGCAGGAUUACAUCUCGAACUUUGUGGCAAACGGUUACAAACACAUGAAGAAGCUGACAGAAAUCGAUUGGGACUCCAGCAAGCUUAUGGUAUGACCUACCUGUUAUAUAAUACAUAGGAACAGUAACUGUUCGAAUCCCAAUUCAGCCGUUGCCAAUCAUUAUUAAAAACCAGGAGCCAAACAGAGAGAAAGCACCAAAUACAUAGCUAGCGACGAAUAGCUUUCACAACUGAAUUUCUUAGGCCACGGCCACAACUUUCACGGUGUGCUGUUUCGCUAAAAGACAAGUCAGACAGACACAUAAACUCGGACUAUUCAGUGUUUCUUAGGAUAUGAAAAAUCAAAUAAUAUAAUCACAUGAUUACAAUGAUAGCCACCCAGUCAACUCACGUUUUUCUUCCAGCAAAUUGGCGUCACUCGUCCUGGACACGUCGCUCGCAUUCUCCAAUCGUUCAAAAAAGCCGAGGAUGAGAAGAAGAAGGAAUACACCAGCCGAAUCCAGUUGAGACCUGUCAUGUCGCCACCGCCACUCCCGCCCAGGAUGAGAAAGUUUGUAUCACAACACUGAAUUCCUUCGUUUUUUUUUGUAACACAAAAACUUGUAGGAUCAACAAUUGUGCGGAAUGUCCGCCGGGCGAUUUUGAGAAGAUCAAGAGCAAAUUGUUGCAAGGAAACGUCGUCUAUCGUGCACAUCAUCUGGGAGUUCUCGAGGUGAACGAGACGGAUUGCUCGGAUGAAGCACACUCGGCAAUGACGAGUAUCAAAGACUCGAUCUCUGAUUGGGAAACAAUCCCACGCGUCACACUCGACUUGACAUGCAAUGGUAUCACCAUCUUCGACGAAACAUUCAAGGUACGGUAACUUUGUUCGUUUCUCUUCCUUCUUGCGAUUCCUCGCUCGUUUUGUCGUCUUUGUAGUCAUUCACAACAAGAUAGACUUUGCCUUUGGAACGUCAUCACUUUUUGCAGACUCUUCUUGAUGGGUACGGUGUCUACACGAUCCGAGUGGUGUGUCAGGAUAGAAAAGAUCUCAAUUUUUUCUGUUUUGUGGCGAGAGAUCCCGAGAACCGUUUCUACUGUCAUACGUUCUGCGUGCUGACAUCGGUUUGGAACACGAAUGAUUUUCGAAAACUGAGAGAAUGUUUUUUCAGGGAAUCGCUUCCGAAAUCAUAACGACCAUCGGAAUGAUGUUCGAACUACGCAGCCGUAUGGAUAAUAAUCUGCCGAUCGACGGAACGAUUGUCAAGUGUCGCCAUCAGAAGCCAUAAGCCAAAAAGAACAAACAUAACUCUGCCGUGUUCAUAUCAUCCCUCUGAGCCCCCAGCAACAAAUGAGAUUGGUCUUUUAUUCUAUGGGUACCUCUACUUAAUCCGAUUCCUCCCACUUAGCUGAAAUUAUUAGCCCGAUGUGCCCUGGAUAGUCCCCCCGUAGUCGUGAAGUCUCCAUUCCGUUCCUUCAAAUCGUUCCUUUUUGCAUUUUUCCUAUUCAACCAGUUUUUGCAUUCUCCUUCCACAGAUUCAUGAUCAGCAAACAGUAUUUGUCUUGAUCUUUCCUCUCAUUUCAUCUUUUUGUCCUACCGUACAACUAUUCGAGAACCGUUUUCAAUGAAAUAAACGUCGUUGUGCUGUCUAAAUUGCUUUCCGUUAGAAAAAAGCAAUGAGAGAUGAAAUGGCGAACCGAUCCUUAUCAACCGCGUCUUCUCUUCUCUUCUCUUUUUUGCUAGGCAACAGAGAUUUUGAGGUUUCUGAUGCGAAAUAAAAACACGAAAAAUCAGCUAAAUACAGAGAGAAGAAGUUCGAAACCGAAAAAAAGGGGAGACGAGGUGAGACGAGCGCCAGAACCUUUGAACGAGCGAUGGACCCUCCCAUCGGUGCUGAUAUAAAAAGAGGAAGGCCAAGUCAAAAACGAUCAUUAUCAAUUCUGCGGAGUAGCUGAACAUCUCCCCUGCCUUAACAGUGAUAAGAACGAUCCGCUAGACGGUAUCCCCGCCGCUGUUGCCCACUUCGACUCUCUACGAUCCACAGGUAUGUCUCUAUCUUCUCUGAGGCUUAAGUUAUCUCCGAUCACCAAUCGGUUGUUCAGAUACACUAACAAUGAAUCCAGCUGGAACACCUACUCACAAUGACGAGGCUUCUUCUUCUGAAAAAUGUGUUAUUGAUUUGACAUCUUUAUUGAAAAUGAUACCGGGACCUGUAAAAGCGUCUGGUACCUUGAAUUUUUCAAAUCCGGUCCCGGUUUCCGCUCCAAUUUCGUCUCCCGCUCCAUCGCCGGCCUUUGCACCGCCACCAUACAUCUCGAACGUCCCGCUUCCCAAAUCGCAUCCGCCAGUUCCAGUUCCAGUUCAAGUUCCAAUUCGACUCGACAACGACAUCCAGCUAAUCCCGAAUCCUGUGCACGAACAGUACUCUACCAUGUACCUUCAACUCGCCGAAAAGAUUCAGCUUUCCCUGGCAAACCCGACUGAGAAUCCUCUGACCGAGGAAGACAACAAACUGAUUGCUGACAUUACGCAGCUCCCGAAUCCGAGCAUGUUCACAGUGCCGAUUUGUCAGGAUUGGGCUGAUUUUGUUCACUCGUUCCACGGAAACGUGAAGGUCACUUUGGACGCAAACGCAAAAAGUAAUCAGUUCAAACGUGACUUCUUUCUCCAAUUGGCCAUGUUCUACUACGUAAGAUGUUUUGUUGAGAACAAUGACCAAUCGGUAAGAAAAAUCGUUUAUGUUGGAUCGCGAAUAGUUUUUUCAGGUAUCCGGGGACAUGCACUUGAAUCACAUCUCGUACACGGAUAGAAUGGACGUGAUCACGACCGCCGUAGUGAUGGUUCUCGAAAACAUGUACAAAACACAAAUUCAUCAGCUGCAGAAUGACAAAAUGAGUUUGCAAAGAAAUGUCACUGUACUGGUAGGUCUAGUAGUUUAACUUAACGUUUGAAAUUAUUCAUUCAGACCAAUGAAAAACGGUUGAAAUCAACGGGAAAGGCGUUCGUAUUCCCGUAUAUCGAAUUCAACGCACGUUCCAGGUACAGCAGUACAUACAGUCUUGACACGUUUUUGAAAUGUUAACUUUACAGAGAUCGACAACCUAUUGAUUACUCUAUGACCAUGUACAGCGUCACUCACAUCGGUACCACAGAAAUAUUCGGUUUUGGCGAAGGAGCCACUCAUGCUGAGCAUAUCAACUCGGUGAUUCAGAAUAUGAAGAACGAAUCGAGAAACGAAAGAGGUGCUAAAUUAAUCACGCUUUCUGUAAAUGCUCAGGAAAUCACUUUUCAUACUUCGAGAGCCGUGACUAAAGUGGUACGCACAACAUGAAAACAAUAAUUCAAUUCAUCAAUUUCAGCCCGCAAAAAUCCAUUUUCUCACUAUUGCUUUCUUGGCAUUUGAUUCAGUGGACAAGAACUUCUUCGCAAUCGGAUGUUACCUCGAAAAAUCCCAACAUUUGCAGGUGUACGUCUUCUGCACGAACACAAUGGUGAAUACAGUCUCGCAUAUGAAAAGAUUUACAGCUUUUUUCAGACAUCGACCAACGACAUUGUGAGUGCUCUGGUUCAAAAGGCGGAAACUUUCCGACCACGAGGAAUGAGUGCUGUUCAAGUAUUAAUUGGAACCGAAUUAUAA